AUGGUUAUGCCAACGGUUGUCUCGGAACGUUUCGUACCGCUCGAAUACACGGAAUAUACGAACAAUCAUGUCUUUUUAAAGAGCUGUAGUACCAAUGGCUUUGUUGACUACAACAGUCAGCAAGUCUUUGACGAACACGAUGACGGACUAAAGGCUAAGCAGCGGGCUAAGGCGCUCAUUGGCGAGGCUCUGCGCGCUCGCGUGGAGAGCAUCGACCAUGAGUUCUGCGAGCCCGGUGAGGAGGAUACAUUUUUCGUUGCCGACCUCGGCGAGGUCUACCGCCAGCACAUGCGCUGGAAGAAGAACCUGCCGCGCGUCAAGCCGUUCUAUGCCGUCAAGUGCAACCCGGACAACAAACUCCUGGAGCUGCUGUCCGCCCUCGGCACCGGCUUCGACUGCGCCUCCAAGGCCGAGAUUGAGCAGGUCCUGAAACUGGGGGUCGAACCCGAGCGGAUCAUCUAUGCGCAGCCCUGCAAGACCAACUCGUACCUGCGCUAUGUCGCUAGCCAGGGCGUGCGCCAGAUGACCUUCGACAACACCGACGAGCUCCGCAAGAUUGCUCGUUUGUACCCUGGCGCGGAGCUCUUCCUGCGGAUUCUGACGGACGAUUCGUCGUCACUGUGCCGCCUGAGCCUCAAGUUUGGCGCGUCGCUUGACUCGACCGACGGCCUACUGGCCCUGGCCCGCGAGCUGGGCCUCAACGUCGUGGGCGUCAGCUUCCACGUUGGCUCUGGCGCCUCCGACCCUAACGCCUUCCUGAAGGCCGUCCAGGAUGCCCAUGUCGUCUUCCAGCAGGCCGCUGCCCAUGGUUUUUGCCUCAAGACUCUCGACGUUGGCGGCGGCUUUUGCAGCGACAAUUCCUUCGAAGAUAUGGCCGGAGUUCUGCGUGUUGCGCUCGAUGAGUACUUCCCGGCCCACUCGGGUGUCAACAUUAUUGCCGAGCCCGGUCGCUUCUACGCCUCGUCGGCCUUCACGCUGGCCUGUAACGUGAUUGCUCGCCGCACCAUCCAGGACGUAUCCUCGAACAGCUACAUGCUGUACCUCAACGAUGGUCUCUAUGGUAACUUCAGCAGCAUCAUGUUCGACCACCAGCACCCUGUCGCCAAGAUUCUGCUGUCGGGCGGCCGCUUCCUCUACAACACCCCGGCCGCCGAAGCCGUCGAUGACAACGAUGAGUCAGGCAUUGAGUACAGCAUUUGGGGCCCGACCUGUGAUGGCAUUGACCGCAUCUCGGAGCGCAUCCGCUUCGCGCGCGAGAUUGAUAUUGGCGACUGGCUGUACUUCGAGGACAUGGGUGCCUACACCAAGUGCUCGGCCACUACCUUCAAUGGCUUCUCUAACGAGCAUGAGGUCAUCUAUGUGUGCAGCGAGCCCGGUGCCAAGGCUCUGCUGGGUCUGUAA